CUAGAUUGACUGGAUUCUUCAGUAUGAUCCCCCUGAUGAUGCAAAAGAGUACAUACACCGUGUCGGUCGUACAGCUCGGGCAGGACAAGUUGGGAGUGCUCUGCUUGUACUCCGGCCCCACGAGCUCGAAUUUUUGGGCAUUUUAAAAACUUCGCGAGUCAAGGUAGUGGAGUACGAGGUUGCGACUUCAAAACUUGCUGAUGUACAACCUGCUCUUGAAAAAUUGGUUUCUUCAAAUUAUUUUCUUAGUUUGUCUGCCCAAGAAGCGUUCAAAAGCCUUGUCCGAGCCUAUGCCUCAUCUAGCUUAGCUUGCUUUAAUGUGGGCCAGCUCGACCUCAGUGCUGUCGCAAAAAACUUUGGUCUUUCUAUUGUCCCUAUGGUCGAUUUAAAUGUGCAUGCGUCAAAACAAGCAAAUUUUACAGGCAGAAAAAGGUACAAACCAUCAUUUCAAUCUGAGGCCAUGGCAAGGAAGUCUAAAAUAUACAAAAAAGUCCGUUAA